AUGGAACAAAAGCAAUAUAAUAACAGAAUUGAAAUAACUGGUAUAUCGGGUAUUGAUGGCAUUAAUCAUAAUAAGAUUACUACAAUAUUAGCAUCCAAAUUAGAUAUGGAUGCGAGUUCAAUUAAAAGCUUAACACAAGUAGAAGGAAGAAAAGGAAAGGAUGGAUAUCUGCUACUGGAAUUAAAAGAUGAAACAGAGAGUGAGAAGUGGAUACAAGCUGCAAAAAUGAAGGUAUUAAAAGUGAAUGAUAUUCUUCCUAAUGCAACUAUGAAAUAUGAUGAGGGUAAGGAUAGAAUUAUGUUGAGACGUGCACUCACAAAAUCAAAUAAAACAAUUUUGUGGAAUGCAAAAAAACAUUUAGGUUCAGAAUACAAAUACAUUUGGUUUAAAAAUGGAAAAAUUUUCGCUCGAAAAGAAGACAAAGACAAGACCAUAACUAUCAGGUGCAUCGAUGACAUCCAAAGACUAACAAAACGAAUCAUUUCUCAUAAUACGGAAGUAAAGGAAGUAAUCAGUUAA